AUGUGUGAUAUGGGUGAAUAUACAAAAUCUGAAAGUUAUUUAAAACGUAUAUUAUCAAAUCUACCUGAUACUCAUAAUGAUAUUCCAAAUAUAUAUUUUCAUCUUGGUCGUGUUUGUUAUCUUCGUGGUGAUUAUAAACCAGCUCUUCAAUAUUAUGAACAUGCAUUAGUUUUACAAAAAAAUGAGAUUAAACCAAAAGAAGAGUCUAUGGAUAUAGCACGAACAUUACAUAAUAUAGGAAAUAUUUAUUUAGAUCAAAAACAAACAGAAAAAGCAUUAGAUUAUUAUGAACGUGCUUUAGCUAUGAAACGUUCAUCAUUAAUUAAUAAUCAAGAUCAUCCAUCAAUAGCAACAACAUUAACUGCAAUUGGAACAAUUUAUAGAAAACGUGGAAAUUUAACAAAAGCAUUAGCAUUAUAUCAACAAUCAUAUCAAAUGAAAAAACUUGCAUUACCAAUAGAUCAUCCAUCAAUUGCUGAUUCAUUAAAUAAUCUUGGAAUUAUUUAUGAAGAAUUAGAUGAUUAUGAACAAGCAUUAGAUUGUUAUAAGAAAUCAUUAAAAAUGAAACAAAAAGUUUUACCAGGAACACAUCCAUCAAUAAGUGCAACUUUAAAUAAUAUGGGAAUUAUUUAUCGAAAAGAAGGAGAUUAUGAUAAAGCAUUAAUGUGUUAUACUCAAGCACUUCAAAUUGAACAAGCAACUUUAUCAUCAGAUAAUUUAGAUCUUGCUGAUACUUAUAAUAAUUUAUGUGUACUUUAUUAUGAUCAAUCACAAUAUGAUAAAGCAUUAGAAGCUGCUCAGAAUAAAUUAAAUAUAUUAAAAAAACAUUUCGAUGAUGAUGAUGAACAAGUUAAACAAGCAGAAGAUGUUAUUGAAGAAAUAAAUAAACAAAUAGAUCUAACUGAUAAAAACGAAAAAUCGACAACUGAACAAUAUUUUUAA